CAUCCCAGAGGAACGGGCAGAUACACAGGCUCUGCCAGGAGAAAGGAGCAUUCUGAGGUGUCCUUUGGGGAGCUGGGUUUCAUUCUCCCCAGCAGGAUUGAGGCUCUCCGCACCUCUAGAACCCUCUGUUCUGUGGGGGAUGUUCACAUACUGUGGGCGGGGUCAGAAGGCUGUUUGCUACCCAGGCCCCUGCCAGCUCAGUCUAUAUCUCCACCUAAGAUUUUGUGUUAUUUCAGAAUAAGAGAGUCUACACACUUUGAAGCUAAAGAUGGUCCUGAGUGGGGCGCUGUGCUUCCGAAUGAAGGAUGCAGCACUGAAGGUGAGGAGAUCAGUGUUGUCCCCAACCGGUCUCUGGAUGCCAAGCUGUCUCCAGUCAUCCUGGGCGUCCAGGGAGGAAGCCAGUGCCUGUCGUGUGGGACAGGGCAGGAACCAACUCUGAAACUAGAGAGCCAAUUAUAAAGAUUGCUGCAGGCUUGACCCACCCUGACCAGACAGUAUAAACUCAGGGCAGAUGCCCUGGAGAAAUCAGUUGGACAUUCCAGGCUUCCAGGAUUACAGCAAGGACCAGUCACCCACAAUCACAGGAAUGUGCUCCCUCCCCAUGACACGAUACUACAUAAUUAAGGAUGCAGAUCAGAAGGCUCUAUACUUCAGAGGUGACCAGCUCCUGGUGGGAGAUCCCAAUGUGGACAACUGCUGUGCAGAGAAGAUCUGCAUACUUCCCAACAGAGGCCUGGACCGUACCAAAGUCCCCAUCUUCCUGGGGAUCCAGGGAGGCAGUCGCUGCCUAGCAUGUGUGGAGACAGGAGAGGGGCCUACCCUGCAGCUGGAGGAUGUGAACAUCGAGGACCUGUACAAGGGUGGUGAACAGGCUACACGCUUCACCUUCUUCCAGAGAAGCUCAGGCUCAGCCUUCAAGCUUGAGGCUGCUGCCUGGCCUGGCUGGUUUCUCUGUGGCCCAGCUGAGCCCCAGCAGCCAGUACAACUUGUCAAGGAGAGUGAGCCAUUGGCCCGCACUGAAUUCUACUUUGAGCAGAGUCGGUAGGGAUGCAGGAGGCUGAGCUCCAGGCCAAUGCCCCCGCACCAAGCUCAUCCUGCUCAGGAUCUGUGGUAGGAAAAUUAUGCCCCUCCUAAAGAUGUCCACAUCCUAAUCCCCAGAAUCUGUGAAUGUUACCUUACAAGGCAAAACGGACUUUGCAAAUGUGAUGAAGGUAAGGAUCUUGAGAUGGGGAGAGCAUCUGGAUUAUCACAGUGGUCCCAGUAUAACCACAAGGGUCCUUCUAAGAGUGAGGAAGGAGGGUGAGAACCAGAGAAUGGAAAAUACUGUGCUGCUAAUUUCAAACGUAGGGGAUGAGGGCUACCAGCCAGUGAAUGCAGGUGGCUUCCAGAAGCCGGAAAAGGCACAGGAAUGGAUUAUGCCCUAGAGAUUCUAGGAGAAACAACUGAAUUUUAGUCCACUGAAACCCAUUUCUGACAUCUGACCUCCAGAACUUUAAAAUAAUAAAUUUGUGUUGUUUUAA